AUGGCUUCUCAGACAACCCCCAAGACCUGCAAGGUCAUCACCGCCGAGACCAUCUCCAAGGGCUACCUACAAGAGGUCAAGGACACGCUCGCCAAGGUACUAGGUGAUAGCAGCCGCAAGCCUACGCUCGCAGCGUUCCUCGCCAACAAUGACCCCGCGGCCGUCAUGUACGCGCAAUGGUCCAAGAAGACGUGCGAAGAAAAUGGCUUCGACUUUGACCUGCGCACCGUCGACAAGGAUCUCCUCGAGGAGGAAAUCAUGAAGGCCAACGACGACGACGCCGUCGACGGCACCAUCGUCUACUAUCCCAUCUUCCACGGGAACCCAACCCACGACGGGUACGUGCGGGAGACGGUCGCGCUCGGCAAGGACGUCGAGGGCUUGCGGCACCAGCACCUGCAAAACAUGUACCACAACGUGCGCUUCCUCGACGCGCCCGCCAACACCAAGAAGUCGAUCCUGCCGUGCACGCCGCUCGCCGUCGUCAAGAUCCUCGAGUACCUGCAAAUCUACAACCCCAUCCUCGCGACCGGCAACCGCCUCUUCGGAAAGACCAUCACCGUCAUCAACCGCUCCGAGGUCAACGGGCGGCCGCUGGCGGCGCUGCUGGCCAACGACGGCGCCACCGUCUACUCGGUCGACGUGACGGGCGUGCAGCUCUUCACGCGCGGCAGCGGCAUCAAGAGCCCGCGCCACCGCGUUGAGGACAAGGACGGCUGGGGUCUCGCCGAGUGCCUGCCGCUCAGCGACGUGGUCAUCGGCGGCGUCCCGGUCGAGUCCUUCAAGGUGCCGACGGAGCUGAUCCGCGACGGCGCCGUCUGCAUCAACUUUUCGUCGUACAAGAACUUUGACGGCCCGGCCAUCAAGGAGAAGGCGUCCAUCUACGUGCCUUCGGUCGGCAAGGUGACGAUUGCCAUUCUGCUGCGCAACCUGGUUCGUCUUAUUGCCAACCGUCCGCCCAAGGGUUCCGACGAGGGCUUGGUGCAGGCGAGACAUGAUGCUUUCAAGGACGACUGA